UUAGUCAUAUUCAUGUAAACUUAUUUUUUAUUGUUAUGUGAAAUAUUGUUUAGUGAUUAAUACCUAUCUAGUUUUAAUUAUUCAAAGAAUAUUAGUCUAUUAUAUUAGUGUAAUAUGGAUCAGCACGAGCCCUUGGCAUCGCCAAGGAGUUACCUUCAUUGGGAUAUCAAUAAUUUAGUUCGAGAAUUACGUCAAGAACGAUUAUUUGUAUCGUCCGAGCAAAAUGAAUUACAAAAACUUAACGAACGUGUGGUUAAUGAAUCCAUUAAAUUGGCCCAAUCUGCUUGGGUUACAUCUCAACAAAGAUUAAAUUUGAAUAGGCUGAUAUUAUCACGACCUGAUUCAUCUCCCGCAAUAUGCUGUCAAAAGGCAAAUUUAUUAGAAUCUACUCGGUUUAUUGAUGCAUUUAAAGUGCUUCCGUAUCAGGAUUGUAUAUUGUAUGGAGAAUUUCUACAAAAUUUACGUGCAUCACCAGAAUUGUUAGCACAAUGUUUUGCAUUAGGGGAACAAAUAUGUUCGCAACAAGCCCUUCAAGUUGUUCCAAGUCUGAUAUCUGGUCUGUAUGGAAGUUUAGUGUUACCACAUGAUACCGUACUGGUGUUACGUUUGUUACGGCAACUUACAAAGUUGAAAUUAAUUAGUAGUGAUAAUCCUAGACGAAUGCUUCGAAAUAGUUCCUGUACUUUCUUUAGAUUAUAUUCCGAAUUCCAUGAAGGUUUAUUUACUUCAAAAUUAUUUUUAACUGCUGCACUUCAGUCACCAAUAUUACAACUUCUCAAAGAUAUAGAAUAUUUCUUGGAUAUAGAUCCAGAUAAAGCUGUAGAAAGAUUUCCUGUAGAAGACAGAAUAAAAAAAUUUGGCAAAGAAGGAACUCAAGAAUAUAAUGCACGAAUUUCAAAAUACCGUAAAUGGACAAUCAAUUCAUUAGAGGCAAUAACAACAAAGUUUAUAAACAGUAUAAAAGAAAAUUUAUAUUGUUUUCCAGCACCAUUGUCUUGGUUAAUUAAACAAAUUGUUAAUUUUCUCACAAAGUCUGGAAAUUUUAACGCACAAGAGAUAAACGCAAUGAUUACAGACUUAGUAUUUACUCACUUCAUAUGUUCAGCAAUGGUUAAUCCAGAACCGUAUGGAAUUAUAGACACACCAAUUUCAUACAUUUCUAGAUUUAAUUUGAUCCAAGUCGCUCGUAUCAUUCAAAUGUUGGCACUAAUGAAAUAUCAGGAUGUUGACACCAAAGUAAAUGACUUAUAUAGUCUUUUUGAUAAGGAAUGUGUUUCUAAUUUAUUGGAUACUAUUCUUCAAGAUGCAUCUGAAUCUUUGGAAGAAGUUCCAUUGGCUAUUGAUAGUGUAGAACUCCAAGGAAUGGUUCGGUCAUCGGCUUUAUUUACAGAAGCUGAAAUUUAUAACUUGAUUGGAUUUUUGCAAAUGAUAUCGCAAGCGUUAGAACAAACUAGUGAUGAAGCAUCUGCCAUUCCUGUAACGUCACCCGCAACAAACGUUGGUUUGGAAAUGUUUAGCGUACAUGAUCGAGAAAAGUUAACAGUAUUAUUAAGUGGAAUACCCACUAGACCAAUAAAUGGUGUUACCCAAACAUUAUCAAGCGAUAGUUUAUCUAAGUUAAAGAGAGAAAGUGAUGAGGUGUCUUCAGAUGGUAGUUCUAAGAAAUCAAGUAUCUUAGGAAAAGGUAAUAAAAUGCAUAAAGUUCCCAAACCACGUUUGAAUAAAUUAUCUUUAUUAAAUGUGGAAAGCCAUCAAAAUAUAAAUGGAAUAAUCGAAGACCAAAGCUCAGCAUUACAAUCAAGUUCGCGACCCAGCUCAAGUGGAAGUGAUGAUUGCCAUUUGAAUCAUGACGUAUUGAUUAUUCCAUUGAAUGUUCCACAAGGAGAACUUGUUGGGUUACUUCCAGAACAUAAAGUAUUAAGCAUGGAACUGAGUAACGGAUUUAGCUCAAGCACAAAUUUAGAUAGUGUUACCCUAACAAACAAUGUAGACGACUUUGUUUCUGAACAAGAUUCAGAAGAACGUGACCAAAUUGUUACUGAAACUGCUGGAAUGGUUUUAGCAAGUGGUCAAGAGAAACGUACACGUUUUUCACAUUCACACGAUGAAGGUUCAAUUGGUAACAUAUCAGACAAUCUCGAGGCAAUUAGUGAAGCUGCAAGUAACCAUAGUGUAGCAAGUAGCUUAGAAUUAGAAGAGAACGAAGAUCAAAAUGAUAAUGAUAAUUUAUCGGAUAUGAUUUCGGCAAAUGUUUCUGGUCGCGGUACACCAAAUAUAUCCGGCCGUGACACACCUAGUUCACAAGUCACAGAAGGUGAAAAUGAUGCACGUCAAAUGGGAGUUGAAGCACGAUUACAAUUCGCCCCAACUGCUCAACCAUUAAUUAAUAAACAAAUUCGUUCGGAAAUCGAUGACAAAUUUUGUAAAUUUGAAAUAAAGAAAUUAUUGGAAGGUGAUGAAACUGUAUCGAUAAUUUCGGACACUUGGUCAACUGAUGUUUUAGCAUCCGAUAGUGAAACAAUUGAAGCAAGUGAAAGAGAUCGCCCAUCAUUUAUGCCACCCGUUGUUGAACGUUUAGAACGUGCGAAUGUUGUUGAAGGAUUAGAUCGUCUUGAUACAGUUAGUGAGAGUGCAUGGUCAACAGAUGUUUUAGCAUCGGAUUCUGAACGGAUGACGGAAGUUGAUACAGAUGAUACUGCUAGUGUAGCACCAAGUGAUGAUACUGCAAGUGUGGCACGAUCAGAUGAUACUGCAAGAUCAGAAAUUGAGGAUACACCACCAGUUCAAAUACAUCGUCCUAUUCCAAUAUCUAUUCCCACUACAUCCAAUAUGAAUGGAUCUUUAAUUAAUUGUGGGGCAUCUACGUCAAGUAAUCAUUUAAAUAAUGGUCCUGUAAGUGCAUCGAGCUCCCAACCCGAUUCACCAUUAGAUAUUCCUCUGCCACAUAAUUAUAACAUCUAUUUACAAAAUUCACCUCACUAUAAUGGCGGUGGCUCAAAUCCAAAUUUUAGCCCAAGUAAUGCAUUUCGUCCAAUACAAGAAGGUAGAGAUUCGAUUACUCCAAAUUCACCUAUGCGUACUAAUGUCAAUGGCACACCUGUAAGUUCAAAUUUAACGGGCAAAGGCGGUCGGAAAUCAGAUUAUCAACGACGUACAAUGGAGUAUGUCGAUAAUAAUGCGAAUAAUAUACAUAUGCGUACGACUAUUGAACGGAAUCAAAUUAUACGAUCAACAUCAGAGCAAUCAACAAUGACAACACGUGCGACUGAGACCAUAGAGCAUAGGUCCUCAUCUAGUAUUCUACGGAAUUCGGGCAAUUCCGAAAACUCAUCACGGCGUGAGGCGAUAUUAAUUGAUUCCAAUUCCAUUUGUAUGAAUGGAUUGGAAUUGUUACUGGAGGAAAAAGAACGCAAAGUGAUUUCUAAUAAAACUAAUUCAACUCUGGUGCGACAAGUAUCUACACCAAAUGAAUUUCCACAGAUACCAAAUCAAAAAAAUCAUAACAAGAAAAUUGACGAUAUUUGUGACGGGGUUCGUUUAAGUAACAUCAGUUUGAAUUCAACUAGUUCCAGUUUAACAUCCAGCAGUAGUAGUUCAGAAACAAAUAAAAAGAACGCUAAAAUGAAUGGAAAUCAUUCUGAUCAAUGGAACCAAACAUCGAAUAAUGCUAGUCAAACACAAUGGUAUCAGACUACAGACAGUAUGGCUGUGUCAACUCCAUCAAAAUUACAAAAUGAUUUGAUUGAUUUAUCAAGUGAUUUACCAUCAUCGAGCUCUGGAAUAGAUAGUGUUUUAAGUGUUACCGUCCCAAAAGCUAAUAGUUCUAUACCAACAAGUGCAAUCAAACCACAAAUGACAUCAACUGGAGCAAUUCCCAAAAGUAUUAGUUUUGAUAUGACUGCUGAGAAAGGUGAUAAAGAUAUGAUGGAUGAUGAUCAAAAAAAUAAACGUGGUUUCUUUGGAAAAUUAAAAAUGGGCUUUAAAAAUCGUCGUGGUAAAACUGUUCGGGGAACGGAUGAUUUAUCUGGUGGACGGUAUGAAGGUGGGGAUGGUGAUCCCCCUAGAUUUAAGCGGUACACGUCUCUAGAUGAUUCUAGCCCAAGUUUACGAUCAGCAGUAGAAGAAUCUUCUGAAGAUAUAUUGGCGAAAUAUCGUAGAAAACCAUCGAAUAACAGUGAUACAAACACGUCUGAUUCACUUAGUAUUAGUUCGAAAUUGAAAAGUUCCACUGAUAGUACGGCUGCGGGUAGUAGUGCUAUAUCAACAAGUGGAAAUGAUGAACGAUGGCUGAUUGAUCAUAACAAUAUUGAAAAUUGUUUCGCAUUUUCGGAUGCUAAACGUAAAUUACGUAUUGUUUUGAGUACAGCUUCAGAACAUUCUUCAUCAUGGGAUAUGAAUGUAGGACAAAGACUGCGGGCGCAAAAUAAUAAUGGACCACCCGAAAACGAACUUGUAUUAUUUUUAAGACUGCAAUUAGCGAAAGCACGAAACUUAUGUGAUUGGCCUCUUGUUACAUUAAUUAACGAAACAUUACGAUGUAUUGCAUUAUUCGAUUUGAAUGAAUGUCGAAAAUUAUUAUUAGCAUUACGACAGGAACAUGUGAAACGAGGUGCAUAUAUUCGAUAUUUAGUUCGAUGUCGUCAAGAGUUAUUAGCAACACUUGCACAUAUUGAUAGUUUAAAUACACAAAUUAUAUCUGAUAGAAAAUUAACUACUAGUUAUUUGGUAACAGUCUGUGUACGCAUGUUUUUGGAACGACGUGAACCAGCUGUAUUGUUGUUUUGCGAAGAAUUUAAGAAUCUCUCAUUAGCUGAUGAAAAAACUGAUUUACUUUACUCGUUUAUGGAGACAUUGGCUACAGAAAUGAAUAAGGAUAGUAAUUGGAAAGAUGCAAGCGAAUCUCAAUUAGAACUUGCACGAACAGCUAUAGAAAGAACUUUAAUCAGUAGAGUGUACAUUAAUGCAUUAUUUCCAAACGGUGAUGGUGAUAUCUCUAGAGAUCAGAUGCUUUAUGACCAUAUGAAGAAAUUAUCAAAAAUUAUAUCACCAAAUCAUAAAGAUCUACGAAUACAUAGUGUUUAUCAUUAUGAAUGUCCUUGGACUUCGGCACAGAAUGCUAUAUCAGCAAUAGCUGCCUACAAAACGGCAGCUGAUAAAGUUCGAUGUGUUAUGCGAUGUGCUACAGUUAUCAUGAAUUUGUUAUCAUUAGCGUCAGAACGAGGAGUACCCACUGCUGAUGAUUUUACGCCAGUUUUAGUCUAUGUAUUAAUUAAGGCGAAUCCACCGUCAUUACUAUCCACCAUACAAUACGUAAAUAGUUUUUAUGCUAAUCGUCUACAAGGGGAAGAACAAUAUUGGUGGAUACAAUUUUGUUCUGUUGUUGAAUUUAUCAAAACCAUGGAUUAUUCUGAUUAAAAAAAUAUUUUUGAAUAUUGGAAUAAUUUCUUAAAAUAAACGAAAGAAUUUUUGAAGCAAUAAUUAUAAAAGAAAAUACU